AUGAAGUUAAUUAUUAUUUUUUUUACACUAUUUUCUCUAGUAUUGGCAGAGACUGUUGAAAUUUCACUUUAUGGUGUUGAAUCAGUUAAGAGAAAACUCAUACAAUCUGGUGAAUGGGGAAAAUAUUAUAUUAGAAAGCAAUCUAUUUUGCGAAAAGAACCUUUAGAUGGAAGUGAAGCAGUCAUUCAACAAGUUAAUGAUUAUGAUGACUCUGAAUAUGUAGCAAAUAUAACAAUAGGAACACCAGGACAAUUAUUUUCUGUUGUUCUUGAUACUGGAUCAUCAAAUCUUUGGGUAGUUGAUAAAACAUGUAAAAAUGGAGCAUCGAAAAUUGCUUGUUCAAAAAAACGAAAAUUUAACUCAUCAAGAUCAUCAACAUAUGUUGCUAAUGGAUCUCCAUUUAGAAUUACCUAUGGAAUUGGAUGGGCUAGGGGAUUUUUUGGUGAAGAUACAGUAUCAUUUAUUGGAAGUGGAAACAAUUUAAAAGUAACAAAAACUACUUUUGGACAAGCAGAGGCUAUAUCAGAGGACAACGGAAAAAGUCCAAUUGACGGUAUUUUAGGACUUGCUUUUGAGUCAAUAGCUUUUGGGAAAACUACUCCAGCUUUUAUUCAGGCAACAAAUGAUAAUCUUAAACUUAAACCAAUGUUUACAGUUUACUUUAAAAAAAUGGGAAAAGUGAAUGGAAAACUUGGUGGAUCAUUUACAUAUGGUGGAUAUAAUACGAAAAAUUGUGGACCAGUAACAUCUUAUCAAAAAUUAUCUUCAGCAACAUAUUGGCAAUUUAAAAUGGAUUCAAUUGGAUACAAAGACAUGGUAUUUAGAAAUGGAUGGGAAGCAAUUAUGGAUACAGGUACAAGUGUUAUUGGUGGUCCAAAAAAUGUAAUAGAACCUAUUGUUCACAAGAUGGGUGGUGUCUGGAAUCAAACAUAUGGAGUAUAUACAAUACCAUGUGGAACAAAUACAGGAUUUUUACAAUUUAAAAUUGGUUCAACUGUGUACGAUAUUGCAACUAGUGAUAUCGAAAGUGUCAUUCGAAAAGAUUUGUGUCCUCAAUUUAUUCUUGGAGCACCUUUUCAUUUUGCAUAUUGUAUUACAUAUGAUGUUGGAAAUCAAAGAAUAGCAUUUUCUUCAAAUAAAAGAUAA